UGGCCACGAGAUGGCAGCAAGAAAUAAAAAAAAAAUAAUUAACCAUCUGUGCAAGCAGGUAAACAUUUACCAUCUAUAUAAGUAUUGCACAUUGCACAUUGCAUAGAGAGUGUCCAAUCUAUGUUAAAGGUGAUUCGAAAGAAGUCAGACUUCAGUAAAGACUGUACAUUGGCAGCCAUAACAUAAGCCGUAAAUAAUUACCAAAUGAGUCAUCCCCUUUCAGAAACAUUUAUUGAUAUUCCUUCAUAACACACAGACAUAAGAUUUUUUUCCAACUGUCAGCAUCUGAUCCAAAUGGGAUUCCCAUUUCCUUUCUGUGGGAUCCAACAGAACACACCAUCAGUCAACAUGCCUUCAACCAUGCAGGACAGGACCCAGUCCAGGCCAAACCUCACGGUGCUGGUGUUGAUAAAAAAAUUAGGCAGCUGGUUCAUCCCAGGCUCAGGGUCUCUCUGCUCUUCAUCAAACCCACACCCCCAGUUUGGGAGCACCCUCUCCCUCUCCUCCCCCCACAGCUGUGACCGUUACUCCUCCUUGAGGAGUAACCGCUCCGCACCCUAUCCCAGCCCCUAUACCCACAGGAGUGCAUCACCCACUGCUUAUUCAGACACCUCGUCUACCUGUCUGUCCAUGUUGCCGUCCCAUGACAACUGGUCCAGCCUACAGGUGCCGUCCCAUUCCGGCAUGUUACCCAUGAGUCAUAGCGGCACCUCCGGGAGCAGCUCCAGGCAACACUGCAUGCUGAUUUAACGUCUUUCCUUAAUCUCCACCCCAUUGCUCACACACAGCCAGUAUCCCGGUUUGUGGUCAAUGAGCUCCUCCUCGCUCACUCCAGUUUCCCAGUCCAGUGGAAUGUACAA